GAAGUUGAAGCGCAGCCCAAGUGAGUAGUGAGUUGCAGCAACGCGAUGCCAGCCACUGUCCAGAAUGGCGCUUCUCUCGACGGACCCAUCGUCAAACGCACAAAGACAGAUGCCGAGUCCAAGAAACCUCGUGCGAAGAAGGCCGUCGCGCACUCUCGGAUUUUCACCCCGUUCAGAACCGUAGGCCUUGUGUCUCCAACCGAUGUGCCUUUUACGACCGCCGCGCUGGGCAAAACGACCUUCAACAUCACGACAUCCGUAGGCAGGAGUCUGCAGACUUAUGAUCUGAAGCGCGGUCUCAGCCUCAUAUUCUUGACGCGGCCACAGACUCCAGGACUGAUCACUGCGACCACGAGUUGGAAACACAGCCAGACACUGGCCGCAUGGGGAGGAGAUGGCCCGGAUGCGGCUCGAGGCGUAUGGCUGUACAAGCGUGGUAAAGCGCACGAUGAGCUGGAGAAGCCUCCUGAGUUCGAUGAAAAUGUCAAGCAGCUGCUUGUCUAUGGCUCAUGGAUAGUGGCGUGCUGUGAAUCUAAGAUCAUUGUCUGGCAGGCUUCAAACUUCGAAUACUACACGACACUGAUGUCGGGAUCAAGAAAUACAUUGAGUGGCGGGAUUUGCAGUAUGCCAACCUACUUGAACAAAAUCUUUGCCGGCCGAAGUGACGGCAGCGUCGAAAUCUGGAACCUCAAAACCGGCAGAUUAGUAUACACCAUUCUGCCUCAAUCUGCGGACUAUGGGGCAGUUGUCGCACUGGAACCAAGUCCCGCGCUCUCGCUUCUCGCCAUAUCAUACGCAGGAGGGCCUCUGAACAUACACGACAUCAGACUAGACAAGGUUGUGAUCGCACUCAAGACAGGCUCUGGCGGAAAGUUCCCAGUAACAUCCAUCACGUUUCGCACUGACGGUCUCGGUGCCGGUAGUGACGGCACAAAAUCUGGAGUCAUGGCGACUGCAUGCAAAGGAACUGGAGAUGUCACAUUCUGGGACCUAAACAAAGGCGGUAGAAAGAUGAGUGUCUUGCGUGGUGCACACAACCCUCCAUCUGUAGAGAGCGGUGCUUCUGGUGGUAUCAGCAAAGUCGAGUUCCUACACGGCCAAGCUGUGCUAGUAACAAGUGGUAUGGACAAUGCCUUGAAGACGUGGAUAUUCAACGAGAUGCCGUUCUCCCCUGUUCCCCAGAUUCUGCAUUCACGCAGUGGGCACGCUGCGCCACUCUCAUCAUUACAGUUCUUACCCUCAGACUUCGAUGGCUCUGAAGGUGGUGGUAAGUGGUUGCUGAGUGCGAGCAGAGAUCGAAGUCUAUGGGGCUGGAGCCUACGGAAAGACGGGCAGAGUACAGAACUGAGUCAAGGCCAGAUCGAGAAGAAGGCAAAGAAGACAGGAGCCUUGACAGAUGGUCUCGGAUCUAUCGACUCUCGAGUCACACUAGAGGAUCUCAAGGCGCCAAAGAUUACUUGUAUCGCGUGUUCAUUGAAUAGAGAUGGUGGAAUCGGUGCUGUUCCGUCUGCAAAGGGAAUCUGGACCACCGCGGACAAGUAUAAAGGGCCUAAGGAUACAGCUGAGAGUAGCAUUACUGGAUGGGAGAGUGUUGUGACCGGCCAUGAGGGGGAUAAAAUGGCAAGAACAUGGUUCUGGGGCAGGAAAAGGGCUGGUCGCUGGAAGUUUCCAACGGGAGACGGCAGCCCUGUCAGCACUGUGGGAAUCUCUCCUUGUGGAACGUUUGCUUUAGUUGGCUCGACAACUGGUAGUAUAAGCAUGUACAACUUGCAAUCCGGCAUGAGGCGACAACGAUUCCCUCCACCAUUGACACCGAAGCAAGCCCAAAGACUCAAGACUGAACUAGAGGAGGAAGAAGAAAUCAUUGCGGAGCCAUAUAGCGCACCUAAAAAAUUCCAUCGCGGCCAAGGAAAACAUACGAAUGCUGUCACAGGUCUUGUCGUUGAUAGUCUCAAUCGCACAGUUGUCAGUUGUGGCGCUGAUGGCAAAGUCAAGUUCUGGGACUUUGCAACGGGCGUUCUGAAGCAUCAACUGGACUGGUACCCCACGACCACAAUCAAAAGCAUGCGAUAUCACCGUCAAAGCGAUCUCAUCGCCUUAGCCUGCUCCGACGGCGCCGUCCGCGUUGUCGACAUCGAAACCAAGAAGCUCAUUCGAGAGCUCUGGAGCUCAGAUUCCCAGGUCGUUGACCUUGACUUCUCCAACGAUGGCCAGUGGAUCGUUGCCGCGACUUCGGACCGCCUGGUCCGCGUAUGGGAUCUCCCAACAGGCCAUCUCAUCGACGCCAUGAAGCUCCGCAGUGCAUGUACCGCCCUCGCAUUCUCCAACACCGGCGAAUUCCUCGCCACCGCCCAGGAAGACAGCGUUGGUGUUAGUAUCUGGACCAACCGCUCGCUCUUCGCCCACGUGCCCAAACGCCACAUCUCCGACGAGGAGAUUGCCGAGACGGCCAUGCCCACAGCUUCUGGCGAAGGCGGCCAGAACGUGCUCGAAGGCGCAUUCGUCUCCGACUCCGGAGACGACGACGACGAGGAGGAGGACCUUCAGACAUCCGCCCCGUCCCUGGACCAGCUCAGCGAGAGUCUAACGACCCUCAGUCUCGUCCCUAAAUCCCGCUGGCAGAACCUCCUCCACCUCGACACCAUACGCGCCCGAAACAAGCCCAUAGAGGCCCCUAAGAAACCCGUCAAAGCACCCUUCUUUCUCCCCUCGCUCAACCAGGGGCCCGAAGGCACCGCCAACGCAAACACUACAACCCAGACAUCCGGCGACGGAGCGCUCGCGUCAACAGCAGGGCCCAUAUCACGCGUCACGAAAGCCUCGCUGAUGUCAUCUGCCCCCGACGCGUUCAGCAAGCUCAUUGCAGAGUUUUCGCAUGCGCAACAAGACCCGGUGCCGCUGUUCACGCAUUUAUCUGCGCUUCCGCCUCCCGCGGCGGAUAUUGCGCUCCGCUCGCUGACUCCGAUGGAACUUCCCGUGUUGAUUUCCGCGCUGACGGUGCGGUUGAGGCAACGACGGGAUUACGAGUUGGUGCAGGCGUGGAUGGCGGUGCUGUUGAGAGUGCACGGCGAGACCAUCGUGGGGGACGAAGGCACGAUAGAGAAACUGCGGGAGUGGAGGGUGGUGCAGGAAGAAGAGAAGACGAGGCUGGGCAGGCUUGUUGGGUACUGUGGAGGUGUGAUAGGGUAUUUACGGAGCGCGAGGUAGGGUGGCUAGAAUCCAGAUUUGCAGAAUAUCACGGAUGUGCAUGUUGCGAACAUUUGUGUGGGAAACGAGCUUUAAUUACCCAAGCGUACGAACUCAAACUCAAACCCUUUUGUCAUAAUGUAACUAUGCCCUGACUCAGUACAAAAACAC